UAAGCUACACAUCAAACACAUUAGGAUAUUUGAGGGGUUGCUGUCAGUAUCCUGGAGUCCCUUCUCGGAUCAUCUCAUCGUAGGAUUCUAAAGUCCAUGUGACUUUCAACUUUGUUCCUGGUGCUGUAGAAUGUGAUCUGGCUCCUUCCUGCCCCGACUGGAGAGCUAUUUCUGUGCGCUACCAAAUGUCAGCGGAAAACCUUUCAGGAGUUUUUUUUUUUUUUUUUUUCGCUAGUGUGCUAAAAAAACUGAUACACUCCUGAACCACUGUUCAGAGAAGCAGGUGAUUUUUGCCAACCAUGUCACUGGGUGAAUGGGUGUCACAGCUUUCCGACCCUCUGGGCCUUUGUUACUAGUCCCCCUGGGGAUUGCUGAUCUGCAACGUUAAUGUUGAGUGUGCUGUGUUUCAAAGUGUUAAGGAAAAUGCAGAGACGGCACAGCAGCAACACUGAUAGCCUUCCUCCGGAAAGUUUUGUCACCUCACACUUCCAUGAUGCUACCUGGCAUGUAGUCUGGUGUGUGGGCUGAGCACUGGAACAGAGGUUUUGUGAGCUGAGUGGUUCAUUGGAUGUUGCAUGGACCUUCUGACAUGAGAAGCCGGAGUCAGACAGUCAGUUCUGAGACCAGCGUGGAUGAAGGUGGAGUUUUCGAAGGUUUGAAGGCUGAAACUCCCUCACCCCAGCAGCUUUUCUCAGGGCUGGCAGGCAUCCCAUCUGGUACCAUCCCAACUACCCCAUUCCAGUCAGGAUUGGUCCUGGGUUCCUCAGCAGGAGGCGGGGAUGUGUUCAUUCAGAUGCCAGCCCCAAGGGAAGAAGGGGCCAGCCGAACAGAAGGAGCUCCAUUCCACCACCGGCAGCAGCCCCAUCACUAUCACCAUGGCCACCAUCGGGGAUCCUCUCUGCUGCACAUGGCUAGUGGAGACCGCCACGGACACGCAGAAGACAAUCCUGAGGACCAGCCUGGGACUCCUGCGCCUGCCCUCUCGGAGCUGAAGGCUGUGAUUUGCUGGCUCCAGAAGGGGCUUCCCUUCAUCCUGAUACUCCUGGCUAAAGUUUGUUUCCAGCAUAAGCUUGGGAUUGCUGUGUGCAUUGGUAUGGCCAGCACAUUUGCAUAUGCUAACUCAACUCUCCGAGAACAGGUCUCUUUGAAGGAGAAGAGGUCGGUGCUGAUUGUCUUCUGGAUCCUGGCCUUCCUCCUGGGAAAUACCUUAUACUUGCUUUACACUUUCAGCUCCCAGCAGCUAUAUAACAGCCUGAUAUUUCUGAAACCCAACCUGGAGAGCCUGGAUUUCUUUGACCUGAUGUGGACUGUGGGGAUCACAGACUUCGUUCUGAAGUAUCUCACUAUCUCUUUGAAAUGCCUGGUUGUUGCCCUGCCUAAAAUCAUUCUGGCUGUCAAGUCAAAGGGGAAGUUUUAUUUGGUUAUUGAAGAGCUGAGCCAGCUGUUCCGCUCACUUGUCCCCAUCCAGUUGUGGUACAAAUACAUCAUGGGGGAUGAUCCAGCCAGCAGCUAUUUCCUAGGAGGGAUCCUGAUCAUACUGUAUAGUCUCUGCAAGUCUUUUGAUAUCUGUGGCCGUGUGGGGAGUGUCCGGAAGGCACUGAAGGUCCUUUGCACACCUCAGACCUAUGGAGUCCGUGCAACCAGCCAGCAGUGCAGUGAGGCUGGAGACAUCUGUGCUAUUUGCCAAGUGGAGUUCAGGGAACCUUUGAUCCUUAUGUGCCAGCAUGUGUUUUGUGAAGAGUGCCUCUGCCUGUGGUUUGACAGGGAGAAGACCUGUCCUCUUUGUCGAUCCAUUGCAGUGGAGACUCUGCGCUGUUGGAAAGAUGGCACUACCUCAGCUCACUUCCAGGUUUAUUAACCCCAACACAUACCAGGAUCAGGAUGGCAUGUGAGCAGACAGAAGAAAAAGCUGGGAAACUCAUUGCUUCCAAGUAUUUAGUGCGUUGUUGUCUCGGUCUUUCACACAGCUCUCUCUCUCCAUCCAAGCGGGGGAGCAGGUUGGCAUGUUGUUACGUCUCUAGCAGGGAUCAGAGUCCAUUAGCAUGAAGAGUCUUCUAAGGAGAGGGAAGGGGAGUGGGUUUUCAACUCUUCUGAGUCAGAAUCCAUCCCUGCCACUCUUCACUGCUAACUUGGGGCCAAGGUCCUUGCUUGAACUUGCUGUCUACAGCACAAACUACCCCAGGCAGGUUCCUCUUUGUCUGUUCUCUCAGUGUACAUAAAUGUCGUGUUUGUAGGGAAAACAUGAUGAGAGUUUCCCAUUGUAAGUGUGUAGUCUGUAAUAUUAGAGGAAAGCUUUCCUCAACUGACUCGUGAGAGGACAGCAGACUGGAGUUAUGUAAUUAAACCAGACUCCUGGCUCCCCAGAAUCUGUCAUAAAGUUACAUUGUCACUAUUAUAUUACCUGGGGAAACAUGUCAGAGUCACUGCUUCAGUACCACUGGUUCAUUCGUUCAUUUGGGGUUUUGGGAAAGGUCGGUGGCCGAUAGACCUGUUGUUGUCAUUGAUACUGUAAAACACAUGGGUUGCCAUCUUGAUCUGUAUGAAACCUCAAGAGAAAUAGGAGAAGAACAUAUUAAAGAGACCAAGAGGGGGUGGCAUUUUCUCAGUUUUGAAAUGUUUCGUCUUUAAUGUUCAUGGUUGGAUUACCUGCUUCCUCUGCAAGUGGGAGAGCAUGGAGAGGUGGGAAGAGAUUAAAGCCAGGUCUGAAUUUUAUUAGAAAAGUUCAGGUGCUAAUUGAAGGCCAUGUAAUAAAGAGAUGGUUUUCUCAAACCCAGCCCACAAACUGUAUAGAGUCAUUUAAAAAAAAAAAGGGACCUCAUGUUGUUUCCUGGGGAUUGGCUUUAUUAAAAAAACAAAAUGGGAAUCCAAUAACCUAUAAUUUAGCUCAAAACUUUCUUCCUAGGCUUGGCUGUUCCGAAGGCUCCUCUCUCAGUGCUGCUCAGCCCAGACCUUAGAUCCUCUCUCUGUAGGGAGUCAGCAGAAUCCACCUCAUUGUUUCCUAGCAGGAUUGAUGCCUGCUAAAAGGGUGGAGUUUUGCAUGCAAAUACUACCAGUGUGAUACAGACAUAAAGAAUUUGGAUUCUUUCGAGCUUCAUUUGAGAUGUCCAAAGACGAUCUUAUAGCUCAUCUUAAGAUUUCUCCUGGAUCUAGGGUAUGUAUCUGGAUGUGGCCAGUCUGCAUGCAAACAGACAAUAUUUCAAAAUCCCCUAUCAUGGUGACAACUCCUCUAAUAAAAGCGAUUAGUGGCCCCCUCCUGCUAUGAGGAUUGUGUGAAAUAGAUGCAGGCUGCAUUUUACUUGAGAGGUUGUAUUUUAUGAGGACCUUGCAGUCAGGUUCCACCAUCCAGGGUAGACUGGGACAAACUUUCUCUAUUGAUAAACCCCAUCUCGCCUAAACAAGCAAAUGCCUCAGCUUCAGAAAAUGCUUUUCAAGGACAGUGGCCUGUACCCUUAAUAGGCAAAUGAACAGACUAGAUGCUGGAGUAGCAUUAGUCUGUAUUCAGCUGUCACAGUGUUUGUUGAGGAUCUUCUGCUGGCACUAGGAUGCAAAUGGAUUUGAUGUUUUGUUCACUGUUUCUCGAGCUGGAGCUUUCUCUUUCACUAGACGAUUUACUUUUUGCUGAACGCAUGGAGAAAUGGCUUCAUUAAGCAAUCAUGGCAUCUUCCGUGCUCAUUACUAUGGAAAUGGCCGUAAGGUUACAAUCCCACUUGACUGGAUAAUCAAGCAGGAAGAACUGUACCUCAGGGAAACAGGGCUGCAUGUAUGUAUUGGUUGCUUUCCUCCCCUCCUCCUGUAAAGCCUCCUUGGGGAAAAAAUUAAAGCAAACAGGAGCUAAUGGCAA